GGUGACCGAAUUUGCUUCAACAAGCAAUUGCAAAAUCACAAAAUUAUUGUGGAACAAAUGGCUAAUGUACUUGGAAACAAUGAGUCAGCUGCAAGAUACCUGACCAAGUGCUUAUAUUCCAUUGGUUUCAAGGUCCCAAACUCUCCAUGCUGUCAAGUAACGGAUAUUGGUCAGUGUAUUCCAAACCGAAUUCCAUGCCAAAAUAGGAAUGAGUACAAGUUUUGGGACGCUUUCCAUCCAACUGAAGCAGCAAAUAUAUUAACAGCAGUAACAACAUACAGCACCUUAAAAUCUUCUGAUGUCUUUUCUUAUUGUGUCAGAGUUUGGGAGCUUGUUGAGUUUGCUUUGUGGCAGAGUGUUUUGUUCCAUAGCGUUCCUGGCUCUUGUUUUGGUGGUCCGGCUGCUGCUUCCCGUGAAAAACAAUUUCUUGAUAUAGGUGAACUUCUUGGGUUUAGAAAUUUUACCCCUUCGUUUCUGACUGCCAGUGGCUCAAACAUACUCAAAGGGGUAAAUUAUGCAUCUGGUUCAGCUGGAAUUCGAGACGAAACUGGGAAGCAACUGGGUAUCAAUAUCGAAUUAAACAAGCAGCUGCAAAAUCACCAAGUUAUCAUCUCACGCAUAGUUGAUAUGCUAGGAAAUGAGUCAGCUACAAAACACCUGAGUAAGUGUUUAUACUCGUUUGUUAUCGGCAGCAACGACUACUUAAACAACUACUUCAUGCCCAAAUACUACAAUACAAGCAGUCAAUUCACUCCAGAGCAAUAUGCAACAGUUCUUAUUAAACAAUAUUCUCAACAAAUUAAGUCUUUGUACAAUUCUGGAGCUAGGAUGGUAGCCUUGACUGGAAUCGGACCGAUAGGCUGCACCCCCCAUGCUAUUGAUUCCUAUGGAACAAAUGGCUCGUUGUGUGUUGACUACAUGAAUGAUGCAGUAAAUCAUUUUAACAAUCAGCUUCAAUCACUUGUAAAUCAAUUCAACAAGGAUCUAGUAGAUGCAAAGUUUAUAUACUUGAACACCUAUGGAAUUCUCUCAUCAGAAUAUCCUGCUUCUCCUGGUAUAGUACCCCGAAUUCACAAUAUUUACAGAUUAAAAUCAGUGGCUCCUGUGAAGUUAAUGAGUAUGGUCAGUGCAUUACUGGUGAAGACCCAUGUUUCUAGGUUAACCUAA